GCGGAGAGGCAAGGCGGUGUCAGAACGUCGCGGCGUUGCGCGAAGACAGAACAGAAACGCUCGGCUUGACGACGCGGGCGGGGGGCGGAUCAACAGCAACUUCAGAGGGGACAUGACUGAGAGCGCAGGGGCGCGCAAUGAAGCACCGUCGGCCCUCCGCCGAGGCGUGGGUAAUAAAGUCACCGUGGUGCUCGGAGCUCAGUGGGGAGACGAAGGCAAGGGCAAAGUGGUCGACUUGUUGGCCCAGGAGGCGGAUAUCGUGUGCAGAUGUCAGGGUGGGAACAAUGCUGGUCAUACUGUAGUAGUAGACUCUGUGGAAUAUGAUUUUCAUCUUUUACCCAGUGGAAUCAUUAAUCCUAAAGUUACAGCAUUUAUUGGCAAUGGUGUAGUAAUUCAUCUUCCAGGCCUUUUCGAAGAGGCAGAAAAAAACUUGAAGAAGGGUAAAGGUCUGGAAGGUUGGGAAAAGCGACUUAUUAUUUCAGACAGAGCUCAUAUUGUUUUUGAUUUUCAUCAAGAAGUUGAUAGUGUCCAGGAGCAACAGAGGCAACAGCAAGCAGGGAAAAAUUUGGGUACAACGAAAAAAGGGAUUGGUCCCGUAUAUUCUGCAAAAGCUGCUCGAAGUGGAUUGAGAAUAUGUGACCUUUUGUCUGACUUUGAAACUUUUGCUGAGAGGUUUAAGGUUCUGGCUAAAGAAUAUAAGUCUAUGUAUCCAACACUUGAGAUUGAUGUUGAAGGAGAACUGGCAAAACUAAAGAUAUAUGUUGAACGAGUAAAGCCUAUGGUAAAAGAUGGAGUAUAUUUCAUGUAUGAAGCCUUGCAUGGACCUCCAAAAAAUAUUCUGGUUGAAGGUGCAAAUGCUGCUCUUCUUGAUAUAGACUUUGGAACAUACCCAUUUGUGACUUCUUCAAACUGCACAGUUGGGGGUGUUUGUACCGGUUUGGGAAUGCCUCCUCAGAAUGUUGGAGAGGUAUAUGGAGUAGUCAAGGCAUACACCACACGAGUUGGAAUCGGUGCCUUCCCUUCUGAACAGAAGAAUAAUAUUGGUGACAUACUGCAAAGCCGAGGCAAAGAAGUUGGAGUGACCACAGGACGGAAGAGAAGAUGUGGCUGGCUGGACCUUGUUUUAUUGAAGUAUGCCCACAUGAUUAAUGGAUUUACUGCCUUAGCUUUAACAAAGCUGGACAUUCUGGAUGUAUUUCAGGAAAUAAAGGUUGGCGUUGCCUACAGACUGAACAAUGAAUUAAUACCUUAUUUUCCAGCUAAUCAAGAGAUCUUAAAUAAAGUAGAAGUGGAGUAUGUUACGCUUCCUGGAUGGAAUACUGAUACGUCCAGUGCUAGGACAUUUGAGGAGCUGCCAGAAAAUGCUCAAAAAUAUGUUCAGUUUAUAGAAGAACACCUUGAUGUGCCUGUAAAGUGGAUUGGAGUUGGAAAGUCUCGUGAGUCAAUGAUUCAACGGUUUUGAGAAUGGAACCAGCUUUGGAAAGUCGUGCACAUGCAAAAAAUCAUCAUCACCUUGCCUGUUCAUAAUCCUCGGAGAGGGGCAGGAAUACAGAAACGACACUUGCAUGUAUGCGCACACCUGUGAAUGUUAUGCUUUUUAGUGUUGUUCUGCCAUGGCAUCAUAGUGCAAUACUGGUGCUUUGUGGGAUGCAGGAAGCAUCAGCUGAACUUUUUUGUGUCCCCCCCACCCCCCAUUUAUUUUGUCAAUGCAUGCUACCUACUUCUAUCCAGUGUCUCUGUACUUUGAUUUCGGACACAGGUAUGUGCUGCUUUUAAUGUAAUGAUUUCAAGAAAAAGUUUUAUUUUACAUGUUAAAAUGCCAAACUUUGUAAAUCCUAAAAUAUAUUUUAUACAGGUGUAUUUUUAAUUUGAAACCCCAGUAUUUCUUCUUAGGGAUAUCAGAUUUCAUCCCACCCCCCUCAAUAUUUCAAGUGAAUGUGCUAGAUUUCACAGAAUGUGCCGCAGCCUUCACUAAAAUAUACUUCUUUUGUUUUGCUUUACAUAGGAUUUCCACUGCAAGUUAAAAUAUUCUGGAGCUUCAACAUUUAGAAGCAAAAAAUAAAUGCACAAAUCUGAACCUAUUUUUAGAUACAUGAUUAACUGAUCUUCUUGUGGCUGAUUUUGCCUUUUUGCUGCAUAUAGAUAUUCAAAAUACGGUGCCAUAAAUAAUUGCUGACCUUUAACAAUUCCAAAUACAGGCAAAAAAUGCUCAUGUUGUAAACAGCAGAGACUUUAUUCCAAAGUGGCCGCUGUGUUCCAGUAGACAUUUGUGACAGCUGUUUGUUUCAAACAGCAAGCCAUAUGGUAACAAAAUAUUUUGAAAAAACAGAGAGAUAUUAGAAAUGCAUUAUUAACUUUCAGCAGAUGACUCCUUUUUAUAAAAUAUGUGGUGCUUAACUACAACAUUGUGUUUCGGUUUGCCCUUGGUAAUGUAUUGAUGAGCUACUUUGUUUGGCUGUUUGCGAACAUAAAAAAUGCCUUAAAAUGGACUCUUAAUUUUAAUCCCUGAAUUUAUUUCUGAUUUAUACUGUAUGGUUCAUUUAUGUAUAUUUUUAUAACACUUUUCUCUGCACUUUCAUUCAAGGACCUUAGGCCAUUUUCAAUUCAUAAUGUUUCAUUAAUUUUAAUAUGUGUACUAAUUUAACACUUGAAGAAAAAUAGUCAGGCAAAUAUUUCAUUAUCAUAGCAAUAUUUAUAUUGUUUUUUCAUCCAUUGCACCUUCAGAAGGUAGCAUAUAAUGUAUUUGUACACUUCCUUCCAUUUCUAAAACAGAGAAAGACAAAAGCAUGAUUUAUAUUCAGUGACAAUAUCGGCUUUAAACAAAGCAUGCUGUUCUGUAUGUUUUUGUUGUAUGUCAAAGAUUUAAAUACUUUCAAGAAUAAAAAUGUUCAGCUAAACAUAUACAUAUUUUUUUAAGUAAGCAGUUUCAAAAAAGGUGGAAAGGGCACAGUGGUUCAGUAAUAAUGUAACGUCUUCUUUAUUACACUUGGCACCAGUACACAAACCCAUAUUGUAAUGUUGGUAACAGUUUCCUCAUUUUGAACAUGCCAUAGUCUGUUCUUUUACACACUCUCAGACCCAUGCAUGUGGAGAUAUUUUCUACUUUGCCCUCAUGCUGCUAAAUAAAACUGUUCAUCUAACUCUUUAAGUUAUAUGUUAAGAUAUUUUUACAAUUUCAAUUAUUCUGUUAUAUCAUGCAGCUGCCCCCUUCCCCAGGCUUUAGUGUAGUUUUGCACAUGAACUUGUCAUGAGUACUGUGUUUCUGUUUUCCUUUUGUACGAUAAUCUUAUCAGUUAUUUUAGCAAAUGUUUUCUGAGUUCUUGCACUGUAUUAAGCUGGUGGUCAAAAUUUUUAAAAAGCCUACAGUAUGUGAGGUGAUGGGGAAGGAAUGCAUGUGUUUUCCUUAUACAGUGUACAGCAGUUAAGACAUCUUUCUAACUUAUGGAAAAAUGUUGAGAUGUUUUAAGUAAAGAGUGAGAGUUUUAAUAAAAACACAAUCUUUGAAAGCACUGAAAAUUGCAAAUAAAAAUAUCUUAAAC